UGAACCAUCUGUCUGGCAGAAUUCCUGAAAAAAUCGGGAAUUUACACAUGUUAGAAUCACUUGAUCUCUCAAUGAAUGAGCUAUCUGGUCCUAUUCCUAAAAGCUUGUCUUCUUUGAACUUCUUAAGUCGCUUGAAUUUGUCAUUCAACAACUUGUCUGGAAAGAUUCCAAAUGGGAAUCAACUUCAAACACUUCAUGACUCUUCUAUCUACGAAGGUAAUGCUUUACUCUGUGGACCUCCUCUUUCGACCAAGUGUUCAGAAGACGAAAUUAGACCGAGAGUAAAACCAAAUGGUGGUAAUAGAGUAGCCAACAAAAAUGGAAAGGGAAUUGAGUCAAUCUUGUUCUACAUUAGCAUGGCAGCUGGAUUUAUUGUUGGAUUUUGGGGAGUUUGUGGAACACUGAUUAUCAAAACUUCAUGGAGACAAGCUUACUUCAGAAGCUUUGAUAAAUUGAAAGACAAGAUUGUUGUGCUCGUUAUGAUCAAAAUUGUUCACUUGCGACGGAAGUUCAAGUCGGAGAGAAGUUGAGGCUAUAGGCAUUGGAGCUUU